GCUGACCGGCUGGAAAAGGGAAUGUCGAUGGAGAGGCGUCGAAGAGCGGUGUUGAUAAUGGCGGUAAUGUUGAUGAGGAGGCUGUCGAGGUGACCGAGGACAACCCGCUAUUUGAAGGCAACAAAGAAAUGAGGAAGAAGCUUUACAUUCUUUGUCCUGCGGUGGCUAUCGGUGUUUUCCUCAUUGCAGCGGACCAAACUAUCAUUGUGAGCAGUUAUGGACGAAUCGGAACGAGCUUAAAUGCGCUGAAUGAUACGUCUUGGAUUGCUGCUGCGUACUUCCUUACUCUCACGAGCUUUCAGCCACUUUAUGGCAAGCUGAGUGACAUAUUUGGGCGUAAGCCUUGUCUUUUGUUUGCGUAUAGUGUUUUUGGAUUAGGUUGUUUAUUUUGCGGUCUUGCGAGGAACUUGUGGGAGCUGGUUGCUGCGAGGGCUUUCGCUGGAAUCGGUGGCGGCGGGAUGACUACCUUGGUAAGCAUUUUGUUCAGUGAUAUCAUCCCGUUGAGAGAGAGGGGAACGUGGCAAGGUUAUAUGAACAUUGUCUUUGCUACGGGGUUUGCACUUGGAGGGCCAUUGGGUGGGCUGAUGGCUGAUUCCAUUGGAUGGAGAUGGGCAUUCCUUGGACAGUUUCCUCUCUCCAUUUUUGCAAGUGUCGUGGUCUACUUUGUGCUCGACCUCCCCAAGGCAGAACACUCGCAUUGGAGGGAGAAACUUCGCCGUAUCGACUUCCUCGGCGCGUUCACUCUUGUACUUGCCGUCUUCUGCCUACUGGUUGGCCUCGACCGAGGAGGUAACGUAUCGUGGUCUGAUGUCUAUGCUAUUGUCUUCACGACCAUCUCUUUACCACUUCUCGCCCUCUUCGGCUACAUCGAAAAGAGAGUCGCCUCCAGCCCUUUCGCACCGGGCCAUAUCAUCUUCGAACGAUCUCUAUUUGCCAGCUACCUCACAAACUUCUUCGCUAUAGCUGCAAACACGGCCUUCCUCUUCUACCUACCACUGUACUUUCAAGCGGUGGAUGGAAUCACAGCAGCAGGCAGUGGACUCCGUUUGAUCCCUGCGGCCGUUGGCUCCGUCCUUGGCUCUUUGUUUGGCGGGAAGUGGAUGCAGAAGACAGGGAAAUAUUACUGGCUCACGAUCAUCUCCACCAUCAUUGCGAUCAUUGGGAGCACCAUCAUAACCUUGUGCUCUGGUCUCCUCUUUGAUUCCACUUUGGGGAUUGUAAUUGGGAUAACUAUCUCUUGUCUUGGCGGCGGAGCGGUAAUUACUACUACGCUCGUUAAUGUCAUUGCAAAUGCGAACCCACAGGAUCAGGCAAUUGCUACAGCGUGCACGUAUCUGUUCCGGUCUCUCGGGAGCGUGGUUGGGGUUUCUAUGGCUGCUACGGUUGUCCAGCAGACUCUCAGAACGCAGCUAAGGGCGAGUCUGAAGAGUGGAAAAGACGCCGACAAGAUUGUAGAGAGAGUGAGGCAAAGCCUAGACUACAUCAAGGAGUUGGAACCCCAUACCAGGGAGAUUGUAGUUCGAUGUUACCAGGAGGCUGAGAAUGCUGCUUUCGGGGCGUCGGUUCUUUUUAUUUGUGGGUCCUUGAUAUGUGUGUGCUUUAUCAGGGAGAAGAAAUUAAGUAGAUAGGCCGAGCAUGUGAGUUAGCCCAUAGAUAGAUUAGAUUAGAUAUACUCAUAGUCGAACUGCAAGUUGAAUGUGCUCCAAAUCUACAAUAAUUGGGGGUAUAUCCUCGCAACUCCGGUUUGCUCAACUUGAUUACUCCUCAAC